CUGAAGGGUCUUAGUAGAGGGAAACGCAAUGAAUCCCGGGGCGACUUGAAGAAAGCAGCUUGGCCUUCAAGAAGUCAAUCAGUCAGUCUCGGGCAGGCAAUUAAUGCCCGUCAAUGUGGGCGACGGAGCCUUAGCGUCAAUCAGGCGCGGACGGACAAAUGGCGGGCGGACGCCGGCGGAUGGCGGGUUUUCGUACCAGACGAAAAGCGAAGAAGGUACUCCGUAUACUAGUAGGUGGCCACCACGGAUCGGGAGGACCACGAAGCGAUUAAAUGUAACUCCCGGGGAAGAUAGAGAUUGAAUUCGGGGAUCACGUUGAAGAUGAAUUCAAAAAUGAGCCCGGCGAUGAGGUGGCGUUAACGACCCAAACCUCUCAGUCAUAGACCCAAGCUGCCGCUGAUGCCGCUGGAUGGGUCAGGGACUGCGGACGUGGUAACUUCGCGACCGAGGUUGAUUGGGGAGAAAAAGGGAAAACCCGCGUCACAAAAAA